UUAGCGUAGCGGCUGCCGCAGGUCAACAGACGCUUCAGAUCUCUGGUUCUUCUGCAGAAAUAUCUGGUCCAGGUCCCGUCGAAGGUUCAGAAAUCAGCGGUGGAGGACGACAGGAGGUCGCAGAGGUCACGGAGUCGAAGAGAGAACCGAAAAUAUCUCGCUAAGCUUCUUAUGACGCUCGGAGAGCAGCAACUCCUCCAGAUCAACUCUGUGACUCAAACCUGCAGGAACUUUAAACUCCGAAACCUAAUCUCUGGAUAAAUAAUGCUUCAAACUUAGGAGACUUUUUUGCUCCAAACAGGGAGAGAAACUGGCAUGCUUUUUUGUCUGUGGAGACCUCACAACAGACGCUGAGAAAAGCGCCGUUUCUACGACUCUUUUUCAACAUAGAAAAGCAGCGUUUUUGGACAACUAAAAGGGUGUUAAAAGCAUUGUUUUUAAAUGUAAAUAGCGGUUUCAUGGCACUUUGGGCUUUCUGUACAGAGAUUGAUGCACGCUGUGUGCACGGUCAAUGUUUCUGUCUCCAAACACUUCUUAAAUAUAAUGGCAGGACGACCCUGACAUCAUCUGAAACUAGCCUAUCUAAGGAAUGUCAGGAUAAAUAACACUCCAAAGUUAGGAGACGUGUUGGCUGUUUCCACAGAUGUCUGUCUUUAGGUAAACCGUCUCUGCUCUGAAGAUAGAACUAUUUCUGUCUCUGUGGAACUGCUUGGGGUCAAUUCUUAACGACAAAAUUAAGUCCUGGAUCCUUACAAUCCUACCUACAGCACCUUUAAUAUGUUUGAUAAUGAAGCACGUUAGAGGCUUCCUGGUACAGUUCACAGCGUUAGUUCUCUGAGAAUCUCUUUCAUAUCCAAGAUAAACUGCGUUGUGACUGAAGUAUCCCUGCUGAUCCAAUCCAAACCAAUUUUUGGGGGGAUUUUCCACCUUUAAAGGAUAGGAAAGCUGAGAUAUGAAAGGGGGAGAGAGGGGGGAAGUCAUGAAGGAAAACCGUCACAGGUCAGGCCUGAACCCUGGACCUUCUGUGUCGAGGAAUAAAACUCUGCAUAUGUGCACCCGCUCUACAAACUGAGCUAACCAGCCACCAAAUCUGCAUACUUCACAGUAUUUGUUUAUAUACGCGGCCCUGGCACCAAGUGUUCUUAAGUGCGUAAGGUUUCCCCUGUUUUCGUUCAUGUUUCCGGCAGCUUGGACGUAGGGAUGUAAUGAUUACCGGUGGAACGGUAAAAAUGUUGACGAUAACAAUUACCGUUUUCAAUUAAAAUAUUAUUAUCAGUGCGUAGCCUCUUAGUCAGGCGCACUGCGUAGCCUUCAACGUGCUUUUCUUAGUCAGGUGCACUACGUAGCCUUCAACGUGCGUUUCUUAGUCAGGCGCACUGUGCAGCCUACAGCAUGCGCUUCUUAGUCAAGUGCACUGCGUAGUCUACAGUGUUCAUUUCUUAGUCAGGUGCACUGUGUAGUCUACAGUGUUCAUUUCUUAGUCAGGUGCACUGCAUAGUCUACAGUGUUCAUUUCUUAGUCAGGUGCACUACGUAGCCUUCAACGUGCGUUUCUUAGUCAGGCGCACUGCGUAGCCUACAGUGUUCAUUUCUUAGUCAGGUGCACUGUGUAGCCUACAGUGUUUGUUUCUUAGUCAGGCGCACUACGUAGCCUUCAACGUGCGUUUCUUAGUCAGGUGCACUGCAUAGUCUACAGCGUGCGUCUCUCAGUCAGGUGCACUGCGUAGCCUACAGUGUUCAUUUCUUAGUCAGGUGCACUGCGUAGCCUACAGUGUUCAUUUCUUAGUCAGGCGCACUGCGUAGCCUACAGUGUUUGUUUCUUAGUCAGGUGCACUGUGUAGCCUACAGUGUUCGUUUCUUAGUCAGGCGCACUGUGUAGCCUACAGUGUUCGUUUCUUAGUCAGGCGCACUGUGUAGCCUACAGUGUUCGUUUCUUAGUCAGGCGCACUGUGUAGCCUACAGUGUUCGUUUCUUAGUCAGGUGCACUGUGUAGCCUACAGUGUUCGUUUCUUAGUCAGGCGCACUGCGUAGCCUACAGUGUUCGUUUCUUAGUCAGGCGCACUGCGUAGCCUACAGUGUUUGUUUCUUAGUCAGGCGCACUGUGUAGCCUACAGUGUUCGUUUCUUAGUCAGGCGCACUGCGUAGCCUACAGUGUUCGUUUCUUAGUCAGGUGCACUGUGUAGCCUACAGUGUUUCGUUUCUUAGUCAGGCGCACUGCGUAGCCUACAGUGUUUGUUUCUUAGUCAGGUGCACUGUGUAGCCUACAGUUUUCGUUUCUUAGUCAGGCGCACUGCGUAGCCUACAACGUGAGUUUCUUGAAGUUGGAAUCAUGGCGGAAGGUAGAGAUGAUAGCGCUCAGGACAUUUGAUAUUAAAAGUUGCACUUGUGAUAAGGUUUUGCCUAUAUUAUGGUACUGUUACACUUUUUGAAACUAUUUCAGCUUGUGUAGACCUAUCAGUGCUUUCUGAACAUAUCGAACACACUUUUAAAAAUACCGAAAACUGUGAUAAUUCUGGUCACUAUAACCGUGAUAAACACCCAUAAACCAAACUCAUGGCGGUCGGGAAGCUGACGUUCACGAAGGUGGAGAGAGAGAAGCUCGCCGAGUUUCUCUGGCUGCUGAACUGGAUCUCGGUGCUGACCGGAGCGAUCCUCUUCGGACUCGGAUUGUUCCUCAAAGUAGAGAUCCAGAAACGACAGGAAGUGAUGUCGGAGCAGGGCAUCCUGUACGUGCCGCACAUGCUGAUCACCACGGGGCUGGUGGCAUGCGCCAUCAACUUCAUGGGCGGGAAAAUCUGUCUGGACUGUACCGACACCAACAAGUUCCUGCGCUGGAAGAUGGUGAUGAUGCCGUACGUGGUGUGCACGUUGGUGUUCACGGCGUGUGUGCUGGCGGGCGCGGUGAUGUGUUACAGCAUCAGCAGCCAGCUGGAGGAGGCGCUGUUCCUGGGCCUGAGGAACGCCAUGCGCUACUACAAGGACACGGACACGCCGGGCCGCUGCUACCUGAAGAAGACGCUGGACCUGCUGCAGAUCCAGUUCCAGUGUUGCGGGAACUCUGGGUACCGGGACUGGUUCCAGGUCCAGUGGGUCAGCAGCCGCUACCUGGACAUGACCAACAGCAGCGUGAGAGACCGACUGCGGAGUAACGUGGACAGGAAGUACCUGAUGGACGGGGUUCCCUUCAGCUGCUGCAGCACGGCAUCCCCGCGGCCGUGCAUCCAGCAGCGACUCAGCGACCGCUCGGCACAUUUUAACUUUGACCGGCAGAGCCAGCAGCUGAACCUGUGGAGGAGGGGCUGCCGGCCGGCGCUGAUGGAGCACUACACCCAAAUCUUGCAGUCCAUCGGCCUCACAGUGCUGCUCAUCUGGCUCUUUGAGCUGCUGGUUCUGACGGGGGUCCGGUACCUGCAGACUGCGAUGGAGAACGUUCUAAGGCUGGGCGACCCAGACUCGGAGUCAGAAGGCUGGAUUCUGGAGAACAGUCUGGCAGAAACAGCCCGCUCCAACUUCAACAUCAUCAAGAACCUCGGCAAGUGUUACCAGGCCGAUGACGAAGACCCCAACCUCAACAUCCCGUCUGCCGCCACAGAGCGCGAGCUGCCGUCCCGCUGCGCCCACACCCCCGAGACCAGCUAGCGCUUCGGGCUGGAAAACCUCCAGUGAUGCUCAGUGACUCUGACAAUAUGCGUCCACUGUCGGAGUCGAAACCACUGAACUGCUAGUGGAGAGAUCACCAAGAGUCCAGCGCUGGGAAGACAACACGCUGCGGCUACGUUCGCUUCCAGCUAACUUCACGGAGAAGAACGAGGGCAGAACAGCAUCACCGGUCUUUUAACCCAAAACUCACUGUCUGGCUCAGAUAAAAACGUUACCGCAUCGUCCCCCACCGAGCCUGAUUGUAACCGGUAGGCUACGACAAUGUGAUCUUCAGCUGUUCAGCUGACUUUAACAGAGAGUAUGCGACUGUCCUGCUGUUAUUACAGACAUUUGAACUCACCACAGACAGUUGCCUUGAGCUCGGACUCACGGAAUGCGUAGAGGAAACACUGGAAUGGAAUAAUAUUAUUUGCCGUAUGUAAAAGAACGGAGAACAAUGAUGUAUGAAACUGCCAAUGAGAAUAAUUUACUUGUUAUUUGAAGGUGCCGUGAUGCCGGUCUGGAUCGUUCCGGACGACUUUAACCCCGGGUCCUCAGAGCUCUGCAAGUCCAGUGCAACGCUGCAACGUUGCAACACUGCAAGGCUGCAAGGCUGCAAGGCUGCAACGCUGCAAGGCUGCA